AUGGACUUCAGCUGCAAAGUUCUUGUUUUUGCUGUUUUAACUUUCUCUGCAAAGGGCAAAGAACUCACAGGUAGCUUCUGGCAUAUCACAGAUCUUCACUGGGAUCCCACCUACAGCCUAGGUAACUCAGGAUCAGUGUGUGAUUCUAGCGGGAGCCGUCCAACUCCACAUGCAGGAAAGUUUGGAGACUACGCAUGCGAUUCACCAUGGGACCUUAUCAAUUCCACAGUGAAUGCCAUGAAGGAUAUUCUUUCUGAUCCAGACUUCAUUGUUUGGACUGGAGAUGAUACACCUCAUGUGCCUAAUGAGGAUCUUGGGGAAGAGGCAGUCCUAAGAAUUAUUGGCAACCUUACCCAUAUCUUACAAGCACUGUUUCCAAAAACAAAGGUCUACUCAGCCAUGGGCAAUCAUGACUAUCAUCCAAAAAGUCAACUGCCACCUGUUCAAAAUAGCAUUUAUGAACAAAUACAAAAGCUGUGGGAGGACUGGCUGGAUUCUUCUUCAAGAGAUACUUUUAAAAAAGGUGGAUACUACACAGAGAUGCUGUUAAAUCGAACUGGUUUUAGGAUUAUAGUCUUGAACAGUAAUUUGUACUAUGACCAGAACAAAGUAACAGAAAAUAUACAAGAUCCAGCAGGCCAGUUUAAAUGGGCAGAUCAAGUGCUCACCGAAGCCGCCAAAAACAAGGAAAAGGUAUACAUUAUCGGCCAUGUUCCCCCUGGAUGUUUUGAGAAGAAGCGACACAAGAUGUGGUUCAGGCCUGAAUUCAAUAAGCAAUAUGAGCAGCUGAUUCAAAAGCAUCAUGACGUCAUUAUCGGCCAGUUCUUUGGUCAUCACCAUACUGACAGCUUCCGAAUGUUUUACAGUACAACAGGAUCUCCAAUUAGUUCCAUGUUCCUGACUCCUGGAGUUACACCUUGGAAAACAACACUGCCUGGAGUAGAAGAUGGGGCGAAUAACCCGGGCAUUCGAGUGUUUGAGUAUGAUGACAAAACACUUUUAGUCAAGGAUGUUGUGACCUACUAUCUGAACCUGACCUAUGCCAACAUUGCACAGGCACGCUGGGAGAAGGAGUAUCGCCUGACUGAGGCAUUUGGGGUACCAGACGCCUCCCCUGCCUCCAUGCAUCAUGUGUUAGAAAGGAUAGCUGAUGACAGCUGCUACCUGCAGAAAUAUUACGCAUUCAAUUCUGUAAACUAUGAUCGAUCGGUUUGCAAUGCAGACUGUCGUAUUGACCAUGUUUGUGCCAUUAGAGAGGUGAACCUUGACGCCUAUGAGCGGUGUGUGGAGAAAGAGGGGGCAUCCUUGGUUGUCCCAACCUUGCUAAGUAUCGGUUUUGCAUUAGCUGUAAGCAUGUGGGCCAGCUACUAA